CACUACUAGCGCUGUGUCUGGGAAACACCCUGAGCCACGGUGUGUGUGUGUGUGUGUGUGUGUGUGGGCAACACGGAGGGGGUCUUGGAUGCUGGAGCAUGAGAUAAACACUGCAUAUAUCCUGAGCCGGAAGCUUCUCAGCGGUCAUGUUUGCCUCGCUAUCUUUCCCCGCAUGUAUCCUGUGUGCUGGUUGGUGUUGAGAGGAACCGAGCUGCUGCCGCUUGGCUUCCCGUCGCCAGGCUGAGAGUGAGGAUGCUGUGGCGAGCCGCGUGUGUGUGUGUGUGUGUGUGACCCAGACCACCGUGUCUAACCAAGCUUAACGACAAUCCCGAGUCCGUGCAUGUAGGCGAAAAAUAAAACAAAGGGCCCCCCCUCGAAUGGUCUCGAAUCGCCAUGUUUUUGUGACUCGGGCGCUGAGCAGAGGCGUGAUGAAGGCACUGAGGACGAGCAGCUUCCUGAGGCGACUGUGUGUCUGCGCCGGACUCAUCGCCCUCAGCUGGCUUCUCCGCGUAACAGAUCCCCCGGGUGUUACAGAUUUUGAUCCAGUUUGGCCUAAACGACAACUGACUCAGCAGAGUGGAGAGUCGAAUGAAACAUCCAGCAAACCCCGAGCUGCGAUCAAUGAAUUUCCUAAAGAUGUCUUCACUAAGGAGCAGAGAAGGCAUGGGGCGCUACUGCUGCAUGUCCUCUGCGCUGUUUACAUGUUCUACGCUCUUGCCAUUGUCUGCGACGUGUACUUUGUGCCAUCUCUGGAAAAGAUCUGCGAGAAACUUCAUCUGAGCGAGGAUGUUGCCGGAGCCACCUUCAUGGCAGCAGGAAGUUCUGCUCCAGAGCUCUUUACCUCAUUGAUUGGUGUGUUCAUCACUAAGGGAGAUGUGGGAGUUGGCACCAUUGUGGGUUCUGCGGUCUUUAAUAUCCUGGUUAUCAUUGGAGUGUGUGGCAUAUUUGGUGGACAGACAAUCACACUCACUUGGUGGCCUCUCUUCCGGGACUCUGUUUACUACAUCAUCUCAGUCCUGGCUUUAAUUCUGAUCAUUUAUGAUGAGAAAGUUCACUGGUGGGAGGCUAUAGUCCUUAUAUUGAUGUAUGGAAUUUACAUCCUUAUCAUGAAGUUUAAUAGUCAGAUCUGGGGCUGGGUGGAACUUAGGUGUGGUAUACCUGGCCAGCCAUGCUUGGUGAGCAGCAUACGGCAAGAUGUAGCAGCGGAAGAAGCUAGCACACACUGUGACACUUCCAUGAUCCUGAUGACGAAAGGUCGGUGUGUGAGUGAACAGGACUCAGCCGUGGUGAUGGUGGAUGAGCUGAUGAGUCUGCAUCCUCACCAGUUCUUCGUAUCCGAGAGGCAAAGGUUGAUUAUUGGCCGGGGCUCAGGAGAAGGUGGCAGUGGGUCAGGAGAAAUUUCUGGUCAGGAGAGCCCGGGGAUGGAGGGAGCACCUUGGGGACUUGAAAAUGGUGACAACAUGGACUGCGAAACCGAACCGCUAGAAGAGACAAGGGUGAGGGGCAAGGGGGGAACAACGGAGAGAGAAGAAGAAAUGGGGGACACACAGCCCAAAGAUACAGAGGAGGAUGAAGAGGCAGAGGAAGAACAACCCUUCAAUCCUCUGAUUGUGCCAGGAGGGUGUUAUGAACGUGUGAAAUGGUUGCUCUCGUGGCCUUUAAGCUGUCUGCUUUAUCACACUGUGCCCAACUGUUUGCUGCCACAGUGGGAGCGCUGGUUCAUGGUCACUUUUGUGGUCUCCACACUCUGGAUUGCUGUUUUCUCCUACCUCAUGGUGUGGAUGGUCACCAUCAUCAGUUUCACACUGGACAUCCCAGAUGUGAUCAUGGGCAUCACGUUUUUAGCAGCCGGCACAAGCGUCCCAGACUGCAUGGCUAGUCUUAUAGUUGCCAGGCAAGGUAUGGGGGACAUGGCUGUGUCCAACUCAAUAGGUAGUAAUAUUUUUGACAUUCUGUUGGGUCUUGGCUUCCCGUGGGCUCUACGUACACUCAUGGUGGAUUACGGAUCAACGAUCUUUAUUAACAGCAGGGGACUCGUGUAUUCAGUUAUUUUACUGUUUGCUUCCGUGAUUCUCACUGUUCUCUGUAUACAUCUGAAUCGCUGGAGACUCGACCGGAGGUUAGGCCUGGGUCUUAUGGUCUUGUAUGCCAUCUUCCUUUUCUGCUCGAUCUGCUUUGAGAAGCUGUAGGUCACUUUAUUUGGAGUAAUUCGCUAAUGUUUUUUUCAUGAAGAAUCAUUACAUUACUGUAAUUAUUGCAUCAGAGGCAUAAGGAGCAGGUCCUGUGUGGGUCAAUCAGGGAUUGGGGAAUAAUAAGGUGUUAUUCCACACUGUAUUAUUAAAACUGCUGAUAAGAAGUAUUGAUACACCUGGAAAGCUAAUUCUUGCAUGCAAUUUACACCCCGCAAUGUCAUUGUAAAGAGGUCCGCUUGAAAUUUUAAAUAUAAAAUUAUAUUUGGCGACUAUUGCAAAAAUGUCAAUACUAGUAAAAAAAAAUUAAUUCCUCAUUUAGACACUGGGUGCCAGUAAACCUAAAUCUAUAACUGUGUGACUUUGCUAUAUUUAAAGGUUUAUUCAAAGGGCCUACAUUACUCGUACAAAGUAUUUUGAUAAACAACAUACAGCACCAAAGAAACAAAAAUUAAAAGUGAAAAGAAAGUCAUAAAAGCAGGUUUUUUUUUAUAUAACCAAGAGAGGAAGAUGACUCUGAAAUCAACUGCUCUGAAAUAAUAUGACCAGCAGAUGAAAUCUGUAAAAUAUGAAUUUACAGAGCACCUCUUAAGCAGACACUUUAAGCUUGAUAAGGGAAAUAAAACUUUCUUUGGCCCCAAUAUAAACCCCAGUAAGACUGCACACUGUUGGUAUACUGUAGGUACACUGCUAAACACAACAUUGUUUCAUAACUACAUUUCUGUAAAUUUUUUGGAACUGGCCAUUACAUUAGAUUGAGUCCUGCAAUGUGUGUUUUAAUACUUAAAAGAUAUCGAAAAUGUUUUCUUUCUUUUGUGACAGUUUGAGCAGGAAUUUAAAAGCUGUAAUAAAAAGUUAUGAUUAUGAAACAGGUUUAACGUAAAAGUUUCUGAAUGACGCCACAGGAUAUAAUGUUUACAAAACACAAGUCACCUCUUGUAAUUGUACAUUUUCUACUUAAAAAUUUCUAAAAUUAUGUAGUAAUUAUGAGCAAAGCAACAAAACAAUUCUAAACUACAUUUUGUUUCGAAAAAAGUCAAAUGAUUGUGUAUGUAUGAUCCAAUUGUUUUUUCUUUUUUUCUUUUGGAAAGGUAUUUCUUUAAAGUAUAAAAAAAACCCACAAUGCUUCAGUAUAUAGAUGUUUGACUCAUUAACUAAAACAAAAUAUUAAAAAUUUCUACAGUUUAUUUUAUUUCAUGCAAAUUUAGACACAUUUUACUGCACGUUUUAUACUUAAAUACUGUUCUGUAUGUUGGAAUUCACCUUAUGUUUUAUUUUUUAUUUAAAUUCAUAAAAUCAGUAGAUAGAAAAGAUCUUUGCAGAGAUUUGAAAUAAAAGCCUAAAUAAAUCUAAAAAGUAAAUACAUCAUUUGAUGAUUUAUC